AUGGCGGAUAAUCAGUAUUCGAGCUACCAGCAGCAGAGCUACGGCCAAUAUAGCCAGCCGCCUCCAAGCGGUGAUCAGGAUACCUCGUAUCCACCACCAGCCACCGGGGGUUCGUCCAACUACAAUCAGUACAGUCAACCACCUCCAAGCAGUGGUGGUAACUACGGCAGCUACAACAGCGGUGGUUACGGUGGUGCUGGUCAGGAUUACAAUUCACCCAGCCAAGGUCAGGGAAAUUACUCAAGCGGCUACGGCGGAGCUGGUGCAGCUAACCACAGCAGCGGCAAUCCCAGUCCUGGUGGUAACAAUUACGGCAGCGGGUACGGAAGUAGCGGUGGAGGUGGAGGAGGAAGCUAUCGUGGUAAUUCAGGAGGAAGUGGAUACGGAGGCCAAGGAGGUGGUGGCGGUGGAAGAUAUGGAAGUGACCGCGGUAGCUACGGCGAUCGGUCAAGCGGUGGAGGUGGCGGUGGUUACAAGAUGAAAAGUUUUGUUGCGACAGAAUUUAAGAUAAAAUGUGUUACAGGAGGAUACGGUGAUUCCAAUGGCGGCAAUGACAGGAUGGUCGUUCAAGAGGACACAGUCUUUGUUUCUGGGAUGAAUACUGACAUUACUGAAGAUGAAAUUUGCCAACAUUUCGGUGCAAUCGGACUUAUCAAGAAUGAUAAACGUACAGGCAAACCAAAAAUAUGGAUGUACAAAGACAAAAGCACUGGCAAAUCCAAAGGAGAAGCAACAGUGACCUACGAUGACCAAGCAGCAGCGCACUCAGCAAUUGAGUGGUUCAACGGCAAGCAGUUCAAGGGUUCUACGAUUAAAGUCCAGAUAGCACAGCAUAAGAGCAACUGGCAAGGAAAUCGCGGGGGCGGUGGUGGUGGACGUCCCAGUGGAGGUGGAGGACGUGGUGGUGGCGGUGGCCGAGGUGGAUUUGGCGGAGGACGCGAUCGUGACGAGCAUCGAGGCGGUGAAGACCGUGGAGGUCGUGAUGGUGGUGGUGGUGGUGGUGGCGCAGGUGGACGUGGAGGUGACUGGAGAUGUCCUAAUCCAGACUGUGGCAACACCAACUUCGCUUGGCGUGAUGAGUGCAACCUCUGCAAAAGCUCGAAACCGGAAGGAGCAGGUGGUGGUGGUGGUGGCGGCGGCGGCGGACGUGGUGGUGGUGGUGGUGGUGGUCGUGGAGGAGAUCGUGGAGGUCGUGGUGGUGGCUUCAGAGGUGGGCGAGGAGGCGGUGGCGACAGAGGUGGUGACAGAGGCGGUCGAGGAGGAGGUGGAUUCCGUGGUGGUGAUCGAAGUGGAGGUCGCGGACGUGGUGGUCCCAUGCGUGGUGGUGGAGGACGCGGUGACCGAGACCGAGAUCGUCAAAGACCAUAUUAA